UCUCUCCCACUGUAUCAGCUAGCUAGCUACUAUCUAGCAAGCCAACGUCGGUACAUUUUGUGGCUGAAAAUAAGCCAGUUAGCUUGCUACUCUUUCUGUUAGAGAAACUACGGUUAAAAAAAAAAAAUUCUAUUUCGAUUUGAGCUGUAUGCUGUUAGAAUAUGUAAGCAAACGCAUCCAUCUUCACGAGUCCGGUGAAGACAUUUGUACGAGUACACCAUGAAAGACUGAGUGGAAAGGGACGCUUAUCAGCGAAUUUUUACCGGCUUUUAGGAGAAGCCCCUGCUAGGUAACGAGCGCGAAAAGGCUCCGCAAGAGGCACACGCUCGAUCGGGGAGUUGCCGUUUUAAAACAAGGUCCAUAUUCAGCGUGGCUGCACAGCACAGGUGUCCAUGAGAAAGCCACGUAGGAGGGGGGGGCCAACUGGGGGCUGGGGGGGCAGGAGCAGCGAUGCUACAUCCCGAGGCGGUGGAGGUCGGGGGGCAGCGCCAGCCCGCCCCCCCUCCCCCUACAGGCUCAAAGUAUCGCCCACCCGAGAGACCCUGACCUACGCUCAGUCCCAGAAGAUGGUCGAGGUGGACCUGGAUGGCCGACUGCAUCGGAUCAGCAUCUUUGACCCACUGGCCAUCAUCACGGAGGACGAGAUGACGGCCCAGGACAUCGCCGAGUGCAACAGCAACAAAGAGAACAGCGAGCAGCCAUCGGCAGCCGGCGUGGCCAGUCCUGGCCGCCGGGCUGCUGGCCAUAAGGGCAGGAAGAGGGAUUCUAAGCACGCAUCCUCUUCCUCCCAGAGCCACUGCUCCAGCUCACAUGGACAGUCUCACUCGCAGCACAACUCCUCCCACCAGCAUGGCAGCCACUGCCCCUUGCCCAAGCCCACCUUCAAGGUGCUGGAGACCUUCAUGCCAACGGAGGCCCCACCCCUGCCCACUGCAUACUACCGCUACAUGGAGAAGUCGCCGGAGGAGCUGGAGGCGGAGGCCGAGUACGACAUGGACGAGGAGGACGCCGCCUGGCUGGAGCUAGUGAACGAGAAGCGAGUGGCCGAAGGCCUGCCGGCCGUCUCAGCGGACACCUUCGAGCUGCUGAUGGACGGCCUGGAGAAGGAGGCAUUCCUGGAGUCCAGGAUACAGACGCCGUCUCAGAGCGCCAUCGACGAGGACGCUUUCUGUUGCGUAUGCCUGGACGACGAGUGCCUCAACAGCAAUGUCAUCCUGUUCUGUGAUAUCUGCAACCUGGCCGUGCACCAGGAGUGCUACGGCGUGCCCUACAUCCCCGAGGGCCAGUGGCUGUGCCGCUGCUGCUUGCAGUCACCCUCCCGCCCCGUGGACUGCGUGCUGUGUCCAAACCGGGGUGGCGCCUUCAAGCAGACAAGCGACGGGCGCUGGGCGCACGUGGUGUGCGCCAUCUGGAUCCCUGAGGUAUGUUUCGCCAACACAGUCUUCCUGGAGCCCGUGGAGGGCGUGGACAACAUCCCUCCGGCCCGUUGGAAGCUGACGUGCUACCUCUGCAAGCAGAAGGGCCGGGGGGCGUCCAUUCAGUGCCACAAGGCCAACUGCUACACGGCCUUCCACGUCACCUGCGCCCAGAGGGCCGGGCUUUUCAUGAAGAUCGAGCCGGUACGCGAGACCACCGCCAACGGCACCACGUUCUCCGUGAAGAAGACGGCGUUCUGUGAGGUGCACUCACCGCCUGAGAGGGAGGGCUCAGACGACGAGGAGACUGGCGGGAGGGUGGUGGGUGGCCGAGCCAGCAGAGGGAGUAGCGCCUACAUGCAGACACCCCUGCUGAAGAAGCCCAAGCGGAGUGGGAAGAAGGGAGCAGCACAGAAGAAGAAAGGGAAGAAAAGCCCAGACUUAACAUCAAGGAAAGCAGCAACGCUGCUAGUCUCUGUGCCACAGAUACCUCCACACAGGUUGAACAAAGUUUUUAAAGGAAUUAUCAUACAAAGAAAGAAUCAUUUUAUGCAGAGGUUGCACAAUUUUUGGUUACUGAAGCGACAGUCUCGCAACGGAGUGCCUCUCAUCCGUCGGUUACACUCACAUCUGCAGGCCCAGAGGAGUGCAGAUCAGGCCGAGCCAGACGAAAAGGUGAGCGCCGUGAGGGAGGAGCUGAAAUACUGGCAGAAGUUGCGGCACGACCUUGAGAGAGCGCGGCUCCUGGUGGAACUCAUCCGCAAGAGAGAGAAGCUAAAGAGAGAGCAGGUGAAGGUGCACCAUGCUGUGAUGGAGCUGCAGCUCACGCCCACUCUCAUACUGCAGCGCUCCACCCUGGACCAGCUGCAGGAGAAAGACGCUGCACAGAUCUUUGCCGAGCCCGUCGACGUCAAAGAGGUACCAGAUUACCUGGAAUUCAUCUCCCAGCCCAUGGACUUCUCCACGAUGAAAUCCAAGCUGGAGGCACACAAGUACCGCUCGCUCUCCGACCUGGAGGCCGACUUCAACCUCAUGAUCUCCAACUGCCUGCUCUACAACUCUAAGGACACGGUGUUCCACCGGGCCGCAGUUCGCCUGCGAGAGUUAGGGGGCGCCAUCCUGCGUCAGGCCUACAGGCAGGCCCAGAACGCAGGCCUGGACCCCAACACAGGCAUGCACCUGCCCGAACCACCGCACAAAAACGACUACUACCGCUGCACCCUGGAGGACGUGGACACGCUCCUGAACCCGGAGAACCGGCUGCACAUGUCCGUGGAGGACCAGCUGAAGGAACUGCUGGACAAGCUGGACGUAGUGACGUCGAUGCGCUCGAGCGGAGCCCGGACACGCCGCAUUCGCCUGCUCCGCCGGGAGAUCAACAACGUCCGCUACCGCCGCAACUCCCACCUCUCCAACGGAGAAGCCAGAGAGGACGAGGAAGACGAGGACGAGGAUGAGGAAGACAAAGAGAUGGACAUGGAGAAAGAUCUGUCUUCAUCUUCAGACAAAGGUGACAUUACAGAUGAUUGUAAAUCCACGCCUCCCCCAACCCUGGAGCCGUCAGGAUUGGCCUUGUCCCCUCCUCCUGGGGACACGCCUCAAGAUCCGCCCACACUCCGGCCAAUGAUGGCUGACCCCAAGAUCUGCUCCGCCCUCCCGCCCGACCCCCUCAAAGCUAGCGGCUGUGACGCGGAGCUGGAGGCAGACGUGAACGGCUGCCCGGGGCCACGGGACACCCCGCCCACACUGUCGCCCAGUGAAGGGAAGCUGCUGAACGGUGUCUCGACCUCGCCGUCGUUGAGCGUCUCCGGCGGGGUGGGCCGCCGCACGUCCAUCCUCUUUAGAAAAGCAAAAAACGGAGUCAAGCUCCAGCGUGAGAGAGACAGCCGGCUGCAGAACGGGAGUGGUGGGGACAGCAAAGCAUCUCCAUCCCUGUCCCCGCUCAGAACGACCACGCCCACCGCGUCCCCGCCUCCGGCUGCAAUCCCAGAGACGACCGAGGCUCCUACCCCGUUUUUGACACUGCCCCCGCCAUCGACAUCCCCCCCAGUACUCACACCAGCCAAUCAGAGAGGUUGCAGACGCAGCACUAGUCCCCAGCGAGAACAGGAGAAGACCCCACCCCACUCCACAGGAUGCGCGCUCACAAACGGAUUCCAAAAGCACAAAGACACCGGCUCGGACUCUGAGAGCAGCCUCUCGCCCAUACUCAGAAAGGAAAUUGCCUUGCUGCCGAAAAAAAGUCGCGGAAAACCCGCGUUGUCCAAAGUACCAUUUUUAGAGACUGUUAAUGGGGACUCCGACUACACUGGUCCAGUGGACAUGCUGUGUAUAGAGAGCGACGCUGAACUGGAAGCUCUGGACCUGGUGUGGGCCAAGUGCCGUGGUUACCCUUCCUACCCUGCCCUGAUCAUAGAUCCGGACAUGCCCCAGGAGGGUCUCCUGCAUAACGGCGUGCCCAUUCCCGUUCCCCCUGCUGAUGUGCUGCGUCUGGGCGAGCAGAGGCAGGAGGAGGCCGGCGAGAAGCUCUUCCUUGUCCUCUUCUUUGACAACAAGCGCACCUGGCAGUGGCUGCCGCGGGACAAGCUACUCCCGCUCGGUGUGGACGACACCGUGGACAAGCUGCGACUCAUGGAGGGCCGCAAGACCAGCAUCCGCAAGUCAGUGCAGGUGGCCUAUGACCGAGCCCUGAUGCACCUCAGCCGAGUACGCGGAGAGCACGCCUUCGUCAGCUCCGCCUACCUGUAGGGCGAUGCUGACUCUAGCCCCCGCCUCCGCUGACACCACCCGCAUCCGCUACUGCUCAAACCUACCACUCGAUCUGCUGCUAGCGCCUACCUGGGGAUGAAGCUGCUCGCUGACUCCAAAACAGUGCUCGUCUGCAUGAGGAGUCGCUGGGAGGGGGCCGUCACACUGUCUGACAGAGGGAGGCCAGUUUAGCUCACUAACGUGCUCCUUUCCUUUUUGUGUCAAGAAGGAGCAGCAGCCUGUGUGUUUGUUUGUUUGUUUGUUUGUUUGUUUGUUAUUUCUUAAGGUUGGGCGAGUUAGGGGGAGGUUUUUAAUGAACAUGUGAGGGUGGGUGUGUGUGCUUUUAAACUAGCGUCACUUUAAAACUGGUGGUUUUGAGGCUGGACCAUGUGAAGGCCCGUAGCUGGAUAAAUGCAGUUAGUUCUGACAAUGAUUCAGUUAAUACAAACGAGCGAACGAAUCGGCUUGCGAGUGUGUACAAACAUGAGUUAACCACUGCCAUUUUCUUAAGCUUUUUACUUUUUAACGUUUUACAAACCACUUCUUGUAUAUUGUAAAGACGUGUGUGUGUGUGUGUGUGUGUGUAUGUGUGUGUAUAUAAGAACAUUUUUUUUUUAUCAUUCAAUAUCUAAUUUAAUUUGGGUCUCGUUUAUUGUGACUUCAAUCACCUGGAUGUAUGAAGAAAUUAGAUCUCUUCUGUACAUAUUUAAAAAAAGAAAUCAGAUCACUGACUUCAUGAGUUCCACUUGUCCUUGCUGUCAGACUGCGCGAGUAUAUUUGUAUGUAUGCAUACAUAAGUUUAUGUAUGAUUCACGGUCAGUGGUCUAUGGUUAAAAAUAUAUUUAUGUAUAUCAUUUUUUGAUACACAGAAAUGUAAUUUAUUUAUGGAAAGCGAAGAGGUAGAGAUAAUUCAAUUAUAUAUUGGUUGAAGAUUGAAGCAGAUGUCUUAUUUAAGGUUAACUAUUGCAUAGGGUUUUAAGAAUGGGCUUUGUGAGUUUAUGGGUUAGUUAUAUUAAGCUUUUAAGGUGAAAUGCUGUAGGAUGAUGUAUUAUACACACAAUGUUCGUAAAAUCCUUUUUUGUUGUGGUGUUUGCACCAUGGAGCACAGAGCCUUGUAUUUAUUGUAGCAAGUGGUUGAGCUCUAGUACAUAUUUAUAUGAUGGAGCUAAGAGAAGGUUGAAGCUUGUACAUACUGCAGAUUUUACCCACACAGCCAAAUAACCUGUCUGAAUGAAUCAGUAUUUUCUCAUGUGGAGGAAAUAAAUGUUCUAUUGAAACUUUUUAA